GUCAAGUCUAAAACCUCAAAAGAAAAGCCUCUUGUUCUUAUCUAAAACCCCGAAAGCCUCUCGAAGUCUUCUGUGUUUCUGUGUGCUGCUUACAGUUGAGAACGACGAACAUGUUGGUGACUUGUUCAACACUAAACACUUUCUCAGCCUCAAUCUCAGUGUCCUCAACCAGAUUCUGUCGAUGUCAAUCUCUCUAUCCUAACAAUUUCUUUCUCCAAAACAAACCUCAUACCACACUAAAUUUCUCCAACAAAGUCCGAAUAAUAAAAUGCACAGCCUCAGCAAACCAAAAAGAACAGCAACAGCAAGACUUGAAUAAUAACGGUAGUAAGAAGAAGAAGAAGAAAAAGAAAGGUGAUGAUGAAACAGAAAAAGACGAAGAGAAAAAAGGGAUAAACCCAGUUGGGUUUCUCACCAGACUUGGCAUUUCUCACAAACAGUUAGCUUACUUUCUCAGGGAAAGGUAUAAAUCAUUGAAGGACCUCAAAGAUGAACUUUUCAAACGAAACCUUAUGCUGAAGGACAUUGCUUAUGGAUUUGAGCUUAUGGGUUUGCAUCGUCACCCAGAGCAUCGGAUGGAUUUUAUGGAAUGGGCUCCAGGUGCUCGCUACUGUUCAUUAAUUGGUGACUUUAAUGGGUGGUCACCCACGGAAAACUCUGCUAGAGAGGGUCAUUUUGGUCAUGAUGAUUAUGGCUACUGGUUUAUUAUUCUUGAAGAUAAACUCAAGGAUGGAGUCCAACCUGAUCAACUUUAUUUCCAGCAGUAUAAUUAUGUGGAUGACUACGAUAAAGGUGACAGUGGCGAUGCUAGUAUUGAAGAAAUCUUCAAGAAAGCAAAUGAUGACUACUGGGAACCUGGAGAAGAUACUUUUGUAAAUAGACGUUUUGAAGUGCCGGCAAAGUUAUAUGAGCAAUUAUUUGGCCCUAAUGGCCCUCAAACACAAGAAGAACUAGAAGAAAUACCUAUCCCAGAUGCAGAAACAAGAUACAAUGAAUGGAAACAACUACAUAAAAAUGAUCCACCAAGUAACUUACCUCCUUGUACGGUGAUUGAUGAAGGAAAAGAAUAUGAUAUAUACAAUAUCAAAAGUGACCCUGUAUGGCUUGAGAAAAUUCGUGCUAAGAAGCCUCCUCUGCCAUAUUGGUUUGAGACACGUAAAGGAAGGCAAGCAUGGUUGAAAAAGUACACCCCAGCUAUUCCUCAUGGAAGCAAAUACAGGGUCUAUUUUAACACUCCUAGUGGACCACUGGAACGUGUGCCUGCUUGGGCUACUUAUGUGCAACCAGAUACAAACGGGAACGAAGCUUUUGCCAUCCAUUGGGAACCACCCCCAGAGCAUGCUUACAAAUGGAAAAACAAACACCUGAAAGUGCCGAAGUCCUUGCGUAUAUAUGAGUGCCAUGUUGGUAUUAGUGGCUCAGAGCCAAAAAUAUCUUCUUUCAGUGACUUCACAGAGAAGGUCCUUCCUCAUGUAAAGGGAGCUGGAUAUAAUGCAAUCCAGUUGAUUGGAAUUGUUGAACACAAAGAUUAUUUCACUGUUGGCUAUCGGGUCACCAAUUUGUAUGCGGUUAGUAGCCGAUAUGGCACUCCUGAUGAUUUCAAACGCUUGGUUGAUGAAGCACACGGAUUAGGACUGCUGGUGUUCUUAGAUAUUGUGCAUUCCUACUCAGCUGCAGAUGAGAUGGUUGGACUAUCACUGUUUGAUGGAUCAAAUGAUUGCUACUUUCACACUGGUAAAAGAGGACAUCACAAAUAUUGGGGUACUAGAAUGUUCAAAUAUGGCGACCAAGAAGUAUUGCAGUAUCUACUCUCAAAUCUGAAUUGGUGGGUUGAGGAGUAUCACAUAGAUGGUUUCCAGUUUCAUUCACUCUCAUCAAUGAUGUACACACACAAUGGUUUUGCUUCUUUUACUGGCAACCUGGAAGAUUACUGCAAUCAACAUGUUGACAAGGAUGCAUUCUUGUAUCUCAUUUUGGCAAAUGAGCUAUUGCAUACUCUUCAUCCUGAUAUCAUAACAAUUGCUGAAGAUGCAACAUUUUAUCCUGGACUUUGUGAGCCUACUUCACAAGGGGGGCUGGGAUUUGAUUAUUAUGUCAACCUUUCUGCACCAGAGAUGUGGACGUCUUUUCUAAAGAAUAUUCCAGAUCAUGAAUGGAGCAUGAGCAAGAUAGUCAGUGCUUUAAUGGGCAACAGACAAUAUGCUGAUAAGAUGCUUAUAUAUGCUGAAAAUCACAAUCAAUGUAUCUCUGGAGGGCAGUCAUUUGCUGAGAUAUUGUUUGGUGAAAUCAAUGAGCACACUCCUGGCUCGACAGAAUCUUUGCUUAGAGGAUGUUCACUACACAAAAUGAUCAGAAUGAUUACCUUCACAAUUGGUGGGCGUGCUUACCUCAAUUUCAUGGGCAAUGAAUUUGGGCAUCCCAAGAGGGUUGAGUUCCCAAUGCCAAGCAACAACUUCUCAUAUUCGCUUGCUCAUCGUAGUUGGUAUCUUCUGUCAAAUGAAGUGCAUCACAAUUUAUUUUCCUUUGAUAAGGACCUUAUGAAUUUGGAUGAAAAUAACAGAUUGCUUUCAAGGGGUUUACCACACAUUCACCACGUGAAUGACACUACCAUGGUAAUAUCAUACAUAAGAGGACCUCUCCUCUUCGUAUUCAACUUUCAUCCAACUGAAGCAUAUGAAAGAUAUAGUGUAGGUGUGGAAGAAGCUGGAGAGUAUCAAAUCAUACUAAAUACUGAUGAAAAGAAGUAUGGAGGCCAGGGACUUGUAGAUGCUCAGCAACAUCUUCAAAGAACAAUCAGCAGAAAAGCUGAUGGCCUCCAAAAUUGCUUAGAACUGCCUCUGCCUAGUAGGACUGCUCAGGUUUACAAAUUAACUCGCAUAUUACGAAUUUGAGUUGUCUUCUAUCAUUUUGGUUUCUCCAAGGAGCUUGAAGGGUAGCAACUCAAAACCCACUGCUUACUUCGACUGUGUCAUUUCCAAGAGCAGUUUCAUGAAUUAUCGAAUGUUCAAACUAUGCAUGAGAUGGGAAUAACAUAUUGCGCUCCAUGGUUUAUGAUAAUUUUUUGAGGUACUAGCAGUUAAACGGUUGCUGCCGCAUCGAAGGCUUCACUGCAUGAGUUUGGACAGUGAUCUUAUCUUUGUGAGACUGGACCAAGUGAAUAUAGAAGGUUUUCUGCAUGCCAACGUCGACAACUUCAGUAACAAAUGGAAAUACCCCAUCGUUGUCUACAUGGUAGAAUGUAAAAUGGUCGAAAUUUGCUUGUGAACAUGGAUACGCUGUUUACCAUUAUGAGGGGAGGGUCCACAGCAGAAUGUAAACUAGGAGGAACUGGACUUCCAAACAAGGUAUUACUGUUCACGAGGGAGAUUUAUGAUCGAAACCAGAGCCCCUUUUUUGUAGUAUUGUUAUUAUCAGUGCAUUCCACCAUUGCCAUGUUGGACCA